GAAACAGCAUUAGAGAUGGAACCAGAAGUCGAAGACCUUGACAACAACGACAACUCAGUGCCUUGGUCAGGUUCAGAUGGUUCCCAGGAAUUUUGUGAGUCUUAUAACGAAGAUGAUGCCAGUGAUGAAGAGUACCCUUUAGACCCUCUCCCUGCUCUCAGAUCAAACACAGAUCUCGAGUCCCCAGAACGCCGUCAGUCACAGGACUGGGGACCUCCAGGUGAGCGACGCUCCCUGCGUGAGCUGAGUGGAAGUGAAGAUGAUGUUUCAUACCAAGAAGCGGAUGACAUCUACCUCAGUGAAUCAAGAGAGUCCAUUACAGAGUCUCCUCACAUCCAAAGAUCACUGUCCCCACACCCUGAGCGCCCCGACUCGGAGCCACACGCUGGCCAGAUAACACGUCAGCAUUCCCACUCAUCCUCCUCCUCUAUUGGCCGUGCUGCUGAUAUGACCCUGGCCUUGACCCUGGCCACAGAGCAGCCCCAGGACCUAGGCAGUGGGAACAGGAGGGUUGAAUCUUCAGAGGAAGGAGGGAGUAGUGAAGCACCUCCUGCUUCUGUCUUCUUUGGAAUUUCAGAUGAGGCUGCUGAGCAGGCAGAGAAGUGGAACUCAGAGUCUGACACAGAUCUGUGCAGACCGGACAGGCACAGGGCAAGGUCCACACGGCUCGAUCACAGCGAGAGCCAAUCGGAAAGACACGUCAAGGAGACCAAAUCCAAAUGUAAGCGAAUUGCUCGGCUUCUAACGGAUGCACCCAACCCUCAAAAUAAAGGAGCCUUGCUGUUUAAUAAACGCCGUCAGAGAGUCAAGAAAUACACACUCGUGAGUUACGGGACUGGUGAGAACAAGCUUGACAGCGAAGACCAAAUAGAGGAGGAAACUGAAGAAGUUAGAUCAGCUGGUUAUAACUUUGUGGCAACAAGUGAAUCCGAGCUUGAGGAGGAGUAUUCUGUUUAUCACCAGCAGCAUAAUUUAAGUCUGAAUUGGGGAAGUGUUCGAGAAAUGGAGGCACUACCAGAAACGAAAGGAAAGGGCGUUCUGAUGUUCGCCCAGCGCCGCAAACGGAUGGAUGAAAUUGUGUCAGAGCGUGAAGAACAGAGGAAUAAAGCAUUACCUGUGGAGACGAUAACAGAACACGAACGUACAGAAGCACAGAAUAUUUAUGACCCUGAGGAAAUGUAUGUGCAUGCUGAUCAGGCUGACUACAUGGAUGCAAAUCUUAAGCAACAUGUAGUAUACCAAGAAGAUAUUCAUCAGAUGAACAACCUAUCGAAUGUGCCAAGACCAUUGGUGCCAAACAGAACUGCAAAGCCCUUCCUUGGAUUUAAUGUCAGCACAACUGCUCCUGUCAUGCCUGGUGGCGAUGUUCCAGCAAUGAAGAAGCAUGAAUCAAGAUUCAGAGUACCUGUGCCUAUUAACACUAACCCACAUGUUUGGUCCCCCACUGGAGACAUUAUAGCCUCAAGAGAUGAGCGAAUAUCUGUCCCAGCGAUAAAGACCGGCAUCCUACCAGAAUCUAAAAGGAAAGCUGCUAAUAAACAGCCAUCAGCGCAAAAAUCUGAUCCUCACCUUCAAAACAAAGGGGACAGGAGGUCUUACAUUGAGCCUGAGGAGGACUUUUUUAGUCUCGGUGCUGAAGCUUGUAACUUCAUGCAACCCAGAACAGUAAAACUCAAGCAUCCCCCUCCAGUUGCCCCAAAACCUAUCAUCAACCCAUCCUGCCCACCUUGGAUGAGAAGGAGCCCCUCUGCCGAACCCUUUAUUCCACCAAGAAGUCCGGUUUCACAACCUUCUCACAGUCCUGCGGGGCCUCAUAGUCAGCAUUACUCACCACAGCAAGACUGGGCUCAGCCUCAACAGAUGGCCAACCACUGGGCACCAGAUCAGACUCAGGCAACACUUCAAACACCUGCCAGUGCCUGGGCUCCGGCCUCUUCUCAGCUUCAUCUUCAGCCAACCACAAAUAGCUGGAGUCAACAGCCGUCACGAUCCCCUGUGAGUAUGCAGGCCCGCAGUCCUACUUACAGCCCACAUCAACCAGCUUCACCCGCAAGGAGUAAGUUAGAAAGUGUCCCAAACUCAGUUGCUUCUUGCCCACCACAAGCAGGGAAACCAUAUGUCCAAAUGUCAAAAGCAUCGCUGUCUUCUCCAAAGGGUCGAGUGUCAGACAGAGGUAUCAAUCGGGCCGGUGAUGGUUCAACUAUGGCGGGAAAAGGUGCAGAGUUGUUUGCCAAAAGACAGUCCCGUAUGGAGAAGUUUGUUGUUGAUGCUGAAACAGUGCAAGCUCACAGAGCAAGAUCCCCCUCCCCCACUGCGUCCCUCCCUAACUCAUGGAGGUAUUCCUCCAUUGUCCGUGCCCCACCUCCUUUAUCAUACAAUCCUCUUCUUGCCCCUUUCUACCCUCCAUCAGCAGCCAAGCAACCCCCUUCUACAAGCCCCAAAAUCAAGCCUAAGACCAAACCAAAACCUAAAGCAGCCCCAAAGCACCUCAACUCCUUAGAUAUCAUGAAACAUCAGCCUUAUAAGUUGGACUCCUCGCUAUUCACAUAUGAUGCAGCCCCUGAGGCCAAAAGCCCCAGCCCCAGCCCCAAACCAACUUCAACAUCCAAGUUUGAGGCUACCAAAAGCCUCAAACAAAGAUCUGCCCUUUCUCGUUCUCCUUACAAUGCCUCUGAGCUCGUUGUUCAAAGCGAGCCAGAAGUCCCUGCUAAGUCUCCUAUAUCGGGAUAUGGUAGAAGCCGCUCCCUGAGUCUGCCCAAGCGACUGAAUUCGAUGCCUUCUCCCAGACUCCUGUCACCUGUGAGCACACCAGGAAUCCAGGCGUCAUUUUUACCCACACAGAGGCAAGCGUCCUUUCAAGAAAAAGUCUACAAGCCACUGUCACCAUGGGAGGCGGCAUCCAGAAGCCCCAUUGGCUCAGUGGAUGAUGCCUUUGUGUUUCAGGGCCUCUCGUCAUCUGUUGCCACUAAUGUCAAAGCCGCAGGGCACCGUCGGUCUCUGCCAGAGCCUCCAGAAGAAUGGAAGCGUAGGGUGUCCCUUGAUCCUGCACCUGUCAGUGCGGGUCAUUACCGAGCCGCCCCAGCUUAUCAGGCACCGUUCAUGAGCAGGACAUUUUCACCUGAGAAACCAGCCUUCUAUGGGCCUCCCUUCAGACCUGCACAGCCUCUGAGAUCUGCCAGCAUCGGAUACAUGGGGCAAAGCUCCAGUCCAACAGUGUACUCUCACAUGCAUAGUGCAAUCCACAGAAGUUAAUACCACUAAAAUGAGAUCAGGCAUAUGUACAUCAGAUGAAUAGAAACACUCUCACAUUCUACAUGGUGAAAAGUGUGUUGAACAUGAAAGACAAACAAGUUAAUUUGGCCCCAAGAGAUGGAACAUGUUUGCUUUAUAAUGAUUACAAAAAAGGGGUUGUUGAUGUGUUGGCUCAAACUUUUCCAAUAAGUCUGAGAGGUCUGAGACUCAUGAGAGGCAUGUUUUAGACAAUUUAUUGUGUUUGUUUUAAAUUGCUGAUGGCUGUGAUAAAAGUCGCUAUCUUAAUGGUACGAGUGGUCACUUGGUUUGAAGAGCACAACGACUUACUGUAGCUAUUGUGUUGUGUUGAGAUAUUACCCGGCUAAGCAUUGAUGGGAGAGACUGCAGUUGUGUCAGAGAUCAUUUCAGAAUUAUUAUUAUCAUGUUUUAUCAGUUUUUACAGACUGGUUUAGGACAGAAGUGGACCAUUGCAGUCAGGAAAAGUGUUUGCAAAGUGUUAGGAGAGCUAAAGUGAACGUGCAGUUGAAGAAAUGUUUGGUAGAUUGCCUUUUAUAAAAAUGUGGAGUGGUGUUGCUCACUGAAAAUGCUGUUAAUUUUGACAUUGUUAAUUAUAAAUAUUUAGUGAGAAAUGAGGCACUUUUUCCUUCUGUUCUGUGUGUCUGGCUUUUCAGUCAUGUAUCUUAAGUUAAGCUUUCAAACUCACUGUGAUUGUGUCAUCACUUCUGCACACCUGAAUGUUUCAUAUAGAGAUGUCCAAUACACUUUCACUCAUCUUGUUUUAAUCUGUCUUUUCUCUCACUACUAUUGCGGUGGCAAUGGCAAGUAUAUUAUGAGACUUAACAUUUUGUAUGUGUACUUUAUAUGUACUGCAGUGCAUUCUAAGAAAAUCCUGCAAUAAGUGUUGCAUCUUAAAGGAAUUUUUUUACCUGUGAAAUGACCAUUUCUAUAUCAGUUACUCACUCUUGCUUUGAAUUAAUGAAGAAAAUUUGUUUUUCUCGCAUGCCUCCACAGUGAACAGAGAAUCCAAAAAAGGAACAUUCUCCAUUAAUUAAAUAAAAAAAUGGUCUGCAUUUAACAACUGCAGAACUAUAUAAAAACAUCCAUUUUCCGGGUGUGGCUCAAGAGAUACAGCGGGUCAUCCACUAAUUGGAAGAUCAGCAGUUCGUUCCGAGGCUCCUCCAGUCCGCAUUUCAAACUAUCCUUUAGCAAGAUACUGAACCCCUAUUUACUAUUGCAUCGGUGUGUGAGUGUGUUAAACCUGAGAAGCAGGUGGCACCUUGCAUGGUAGCCUCAGUAUGAAUGGGUGAAUGUGACUUGUAGUGUAAAAAGUGCUUUGAGUGGUUGGAAGACUAGAAAGGCACCAUACAAGUGCAGUCUAUUCACCAUUUACCGUCAACAAACUUACAGAACUCAUGCAGCAUAAUCCAAGUGUCAUUUAUUCAGCCAUAUGCUCAGUAAUAUCCAAACAUAUGCAUGUUUGCUAAAACAUUACGAUUUCAAAUGUCAGUGCAAAUAGUCUCAUGCGAGGCCGAGAAGUGUGCCUUUUCACAGGCGUGCAUUUUUACACCGCAUAAGCAGAUUUCAUACACACAAGCAUGCUACUCAUAGGUGUUUUAUAUUGUAACGUUCUAGCAAAAAUGCAUGUGUUUAGGAAAUACUGAGUGAGUACUGACUGGAUAAAUAAGACUUUAAUUAUACUGAUUCAUGUGUAAGGGUUUGUAAAUGAAUGUCUUGAUAUAGUUUUGCUGUUGUGUAUUGACAAUGACCCUUUUUUUGGAUUCUUCAUUCACCAUGGAAGCACAUGAGAAAACGUCCUCUUCAUGAAUUCAAGGUAAAACACAAGCUGAGUAACUGAUAUACAAAAGGUCAUUUUGGGUGGUAAAGUAUUCCCUUAACAUCGACCUUUUUCGAACUGAUGACGUAUAUGUGAGAUUUCUCAAUGGACAGAAGCUUUUUUGCCUUUAUAACAUAUAUUUUUAAGUCAGGAGGAAUAAAUGUUGCAUGCAUACAUUCAUGGCAUAACCCACCUUUGAUGGUACACUGUGUGGUGUCAAAGUGUAACAGAAACACAGAUUCUGCCACUGAGUGUCAGGGUUUCAGUGUGACUGAUGUGGCCAUGUCUCUUGUUUUCAUGUUUCUGGCCUAAUUGUGGGGGGCUUUAACCCUGUGUGU